CUUUUAUUUACAUUCGUAUCGAAUGCAAAAAUAAAUCACAAUCAAGUGCUAUCACCACAUAAAAAUCAACAGGAAAGCAGAAGCAUGAGUAUUAAAUCCACAUAGAAGGCAAAGCAUUGGCAUACGUGGCCUUAAAUUUAAUUUCAUCAGUGCAAGGACAAAGUCGACAUCCAUAUAUCACUAAGGCCCUCAUUGACUAUACACAAGUUUCCAUGGCAGUGUAACCAUAACAGUGUAGCAGCAUUGCUGAAUUUUUAAUACAAAACAAAAAAGGAGAAUUUUUCACAAGUACAUACACGACGCCCACGCAGGUGUGACUUAGCACUUAGAAUAUGUUUCUUUUCGACUGGCUGCUGCAACGGAUAUUGCCAGUGAUAUUUUUCCAUCUGCGGCCGUUUAUCAAAUGGUUUUUACACACAUUUACACGCCUCUCCGAACUUCAACGCAUUGUGUAUGGCGCACAGGCGGGUGCCAAGCGCACACGACAGGUGGAACGUUCACUAAUGCUAUCGCAAAAUAUCGAAAUACAGCAACUACUGAGGGAAUUGGACAGUGCUGUAGAGAGCUGCAGUGAAGAGGAACUACGCCAUUUGCCAGCGCGUGCGGUUAGCGUAGUACAGCACGCAAAGCACAUAAAAGCGAAAAUACAUCCAGACUUUGCGCCACUCUUUGGUAGUUGCGUGUUGCAAAUUUGGAGUUAUCGCCAUCUGCUGCAUCAGGUGGAGCGCUUACGUGCAGAACCAUAUGAUGCGGACAAUUUGGAUCACGAACAGAAGUUGCUAGAGCUGUGGAAUAGAUUAAUGCCAGAAGAGCCGCUUGAAGGGCGCAUCACCAAACAAUGGCAAGACAUCGGCUUUCAGGGUGACGAUCCCAAAACCGAUUUCCGCGGCAUGGGCGUACUUGGCUUGGAGAAUCUCUUAUACUUUUCGCGCGAAUAUCGUGACGCUGCCCACCACGUGCUAUUGCACUCAAAACAUCCCGUAUAUGGUUACACCUUUGCCAUAGUAGGUAUAAAUCUCACCGCAAUGGCCUAUCGAUUACUUAAGUCUGGCGAUGCAAAAGUGCAUUUCUAUAAUGCAGCGCAAGCUCUUAAUCAGGCUUGUUCGCUGGCGCAUUUCCAUAAAUUCUAUUGUUACUUGCUUUUCGAAUUCGAUCGUUUCUGGAUGGAAUCGGAACCUACGAAUAUAAUGGAUUUUCGUGAUAUUUACCAACGAUUUGAAAUUUUAAUAAUGGAAGCUUUACACAAUGACAAAACACUAUUCAAAACGAAUCUCGUUGUAGAGGAAGUUUAAAUGCACAAAAAUGGAUUUUACUUAAGUACUUAGGCUCUUCAAUGUAAAUUUAUGUGUAACUUUAAAAAAUUUGCUACACUUUUAAAAUGUUGUAAUAACUAAACCUGCUAGCAUUAAUUGAUAAUUGAAUUAUAUAUAUACUAA